AUGAUGAACCACAGCCAGCCAACGGUUCGAAUGAAACCUGAUAAACAACUUGAUUGUAAUUUAAGUCAAGAUGAUGGUGUCUGGAUGAUGGCUUCUAGUUUUAUCAUUUUCACAAUGACUGCUGGAUUUGGAUUGUUAGAAUCUGGAAGGGUUUCUGCGAAGGACGAAGUCAACUGUAUGGUUAAAAAUGUGUUCGAUGUGAUAUUUGGAGGUCUUGCAUAUUGGAUGUUUGGUUACGGCUUGACAUUCGGGGAUUCGAAACAUCAAUUCGGUCGAUAUUUUGGAUUCGGAGACUUUUUCUUCGAUCCUGAGAGAGUUUCAGAUGAUGAUUCCACAGAUGAGAAAGGAAUCUCCUACUCCCUUUUCAUUUUCCAAAUGAGCUUUGCAACGACAACAUCAACCAUAGUUUCUGCUGGCAUGUCAGAAAGAAUUCAUUUAAAAUCUCACUGCUUCAUUUCCUUCUUUAUCACAAUUGUCCAUUCCGUGGCUGGUCAUUGGGUAUGGGAUCAAGAAGGAAUAUUUCGAACGAUGGGAGUUGUUGACUCUGCUGGAUGUAGUGCGGUGCAUUUAGUUGGAGGAGUAUCUGGACUUGUUGCUACGUUGUACUUGACACCCAGGAGAAACCGAUUUGCGAAGAAUGGAAUACGAACUGUCAGUGAUCCAACUAAAGCUAUUCUAGGGUUUUUAAUGAUUUGGUGGGGUUGGUUGGCGUUCAAUACUUCAUCGAACUAUGCAGUCACCCAUGGACAAUGGACAGAAGGAAUGAGAUCUGCCGUUGGAACCAUUUUAGCAUCAGCUGGCGGAGGCGUCGUGACAGUUGUAAUAACUCGGAUGGCAACAAAAAAGAUCCAGAUGGAUAUGUUGAUCGAUGGAAUGCUGGCUUCUCUAGUAGCCAGUACUGGGGGAUGUCUUUAUUUUACACCUUGGCAAGCUACUCUGGUUGGUGCAAUCGGUUCUUCUCUUGCUCUUGCCGCAUACCCAGUAACUGAGUGGUUGAAAAUCGAUGAUCCAGUUGGAGUGUUUCCGGUACAUGUCGUUGGAUCUAUUUGGGGAAUGAUUGCUCCUGCGAUUUUUGUUAAGCGAAGGCAAAUGAACUUUGGACCACCUGAAUGUAACUAUCAAGCGAAUGAAGAAGUAAACGGGUUACUGUACGGAGGAGGUUUCCAACUUCUGUUUCUACAAGCAUUUGUAGUUUUUGUUAUUGCAACCUACAGUGCAAUUUGUUCAUUCAUUAUUCUAUUUUUGAUUCAUCAUUCUCCUAUUGGCCUACGCGUGGAUAAAUAUCAAGAAGAACUCGGUGCGGAUCUCAUUGAACACGGCCUUGCUGGUGUCAAUGUAAUGGCAUAUACCCUUGAAAAGAAGCUGGAUACAAAAACUUUAUCUUCCGUAUUGAUGAUAAUUGUUCGUUGGAGAGCGAAAGCAAAACUAGGAGCAAUUCGAAGAAAACAGGUUCACGAUAGCGGAUUGGUGUCGCCAAAACCAACUGAAAAUGUGGAGAUGAAUGUGAUUCAUCGGAGACAUUAG